AUGUCCCUGUCGCGAUCACCCUCUCCCCACCCGGGCGGAGGGUGGUCUAGCCCGGGCCUGACUCCCGGCAGUGGCUCCUCAACACCGCGCGGCUAUUCGCCCGCCUCUCUGACGCCGGGGGCCGGUAGCAUAUCGUGGGCUACAGCUAAGGCGAAAAGCGACGAAGUGCGCGGCUAUCCGUCGUUCUCGACACGCAACAGCGGCUUCUUCUCCCGUCAGAAACACAAGAUUUCCCGGCGGUUCUCGGGCUUUCGUGGACACGCGUCCCGCACUGGAUAUGUCGACAAAGAUGCCUUCGGACGGGGAAACCUGCACCCUGGUGGUGCGGCCGGUCAUGGACUAGUCGGGGCUUUCAAGAUGCGUAUGCGACGAGGGAGGUCCCGUACUCUCUUCGGGCUGUUUUUGUUAUUGCUCGGUUAUCUGUGCUUCUGGUCGACUCUCGUACGAUUAUACCGACGAUCACCACUGGGUGGUGGCCGUAAGUUCGUCAUUAUACUGGGAUCGAACGUGGAGGGAGGCGUGAUGGAAUGGAAGGGCGCGCGCGAAUGGGCAAUCGAGCGCAACAGCAUUUGGAACAAGCAACAAUAUGUAGAGCACUGGGGCUAUGAACUCGAGGUUGCCAACAUGCUUGCGAAGAAGCGAUACUCGCACGAAUGGCGCGAGAGCUGGGAGAAGGGCGACGUGAUUCGCGAGGCAAUGCGCAAGUACCCGCACGCCGAGUGGUUCUGGUGGCUCGAUUUGAACACCUGGGUGAUGGAACAUGACACUUCGCUCCAGAGCCACAUUUUCAAUGACUUGGAGUCGAAUGUUUACCGUGAUAUCAAUGCUUACAACCCGCUGAACAUGACACAUCCGCUACCAGAGUUCUGGCUGGACGACUUAGGCCGUGCCCUCGAGGGCGAUGAGAACCCGGAAUCCCUGAACCUGCUUCUCACGCAAGACUGCUCGGGGUUCAAUCUGGGCUCCUUCUUUCUGCGCCGGUCCCUCUGGGCUGACCGACUUCUCGAUGCAUGGUGGGACCCCGUCAUGUACGAACAGAUGCAUAUGGAGUGGGAGCACAAGGAACAGAAUGCACUGGAAUACAUCUACCAGAGCCAGGCUUGGAUCCGCAGCAGUGUUGGCUUUCUUCCUCAACGGAGUAUCAACGCGUUUCCCCUCGGCGCCUGCGGCGACGAGAACAACCCCACCGUGCAUUACCAAGAAGAAGACCACGACUUCGUGGUGAACAUGGCCGGGUGCAUGUUCGGUCGAGACUGCUGGUCUGAAGUAUACAACUACCGUGAGAUUAGCAAGCAGCACAACCGCACGCGCUGGGCGCGACUUCUGGACCACCUUCAUGGCAUCUAUGGCUGGGCAUUCAAGACAGAUGGCCGCAAUGGUCAAUAA